UCAUCACGAAAUCCCAUCUAUUAAUUGCCCGUCGUGUCGUUGCUGGUGUUGGCGUGUGAAAUACUGUCUGAGACUACUAAUUGUUGUGUAACACCGCCGAGUUAUUUUAAAAACAGAUUUCAAUGAUGGCAACCCUUCAGUAAGAAGAAAGUUGACAUUAUUUGACGUGAUAGUGACGAUCAUUUGGAUAUGCAAAUGUUGGUUAGAUUUAGUAGCAUCCUGCUGGUGAUUAUUGUCAUCGUUGAAACUUCUUUCGUCAAACUCGACCAGAACGGCUACGAAAAUGUAUUGAUACGCAUAGCAGACGACGUUUCAAGCGCCGACUGUCUCCAAACCAUUUCUAAUCUUAAGGUUAUGCUGCUAGAAGCAUCCAGCGCUCUGUGCACGGCUGUAGAAGGUCGGGCUUAUUUCAGAAAUGUGACGAUCCUGAUUCCGAACCACUGGGCGGCUAACCGCAACUGCUUGGUGGAUACCAACAUUACCUGGCCCAGGACUCACAUGGCCGAUUUGAUUGUGACUCCAAAUCACCCGAACUUCGGGAGUCAGCCGUUCACUUUGAAUUACGGCGGCUGUGGCGUUAGUUCGCUGCCCGUUCGCCUACCCAUCGGUUAUCUCACAGCCCUCGGAAAAGGUGUUGCAAUCGCCCACGAGUGGUUCCACUAUCGUUACGGAGUUUUCGACGAAAUCGGAGUGAACGGCGACCCUUUAUACCCGGAUGGAUAUCAAAUAACACAGCCGGAAGCCGAGAUUUUGCCGACCAGUUGUACGAAUGAGCCGCUGAAAGGCGAAUGGAUUGGGAGCGAAUGGCAAAACAGCAACGAUAACGGCAAUAUUACGUCAUCCAUCAUGUUCAGCACUAACUUUCCCAGCAUCAAUCGACUUUGCACGGCAGAAAAUCACCUGAAAGCGCCACCUACCAAACAGAAUUGGCUCUGUGGAAGUCGCAGCGUCUCGGAGAUUGUUUACAGCCAUCACGACUUUAUCGAGAACAAUAACACCCAAGCAAGGAACUGCAGUCAAACGACAUUCAGCGUCGCCACCAAUCGCCAUCGUGGCUAUCACAUCAUUCUCGACGUCACUUCAGCGAUGGGAGUCGAUAAUUUGACGAAGAGCGCCACGUUCGCCGCCUCUCAUUUCGUCUGGUUUCUACCCGAAGGCUCUAUCGUUUCCAUCGACACCUUUAGCGAUACCUACUCCCAAUUGCAAACGCCAGUCGCCCUCAAUGUGAACACCAAAAACACCAUUCUAUCUCAUCUUGGUGAAUUGGUAAUCAAAAGUACUGCCAACACCGCAGGGCUGAGCUUGGCUCUGGACUACGCUAUGCAGAUGUUCCGUGACGGUUCGGAAAUUAUUCUGAUCACAGCUGCCCAGGAAGUGCCGAGCAAUUUCAGUGUUUACGUCGACCAAUUCCGGCGCAAUUUGAUCGCACCACACAUUCUGGCGUUGAGCAUACAGGCUUCCGACAUUUUCACUCCUUUAGCUCGUGACGGACGGCUCUACUUCGUGCCCAGCAGGAGCAAUACCCCGGGGGUUGGCAACUCAAAAUUUGGGUGUACGAGGAUUCAGAAUCUCAGAGAUUCCGAGAGAUUCUAGAGAUUCUGAGAGAUUCUGAGAGAUUCUACGAGAUUUCCUCGAGAUUCUGAAUCAAGUUUUCCCCGAAAUUCCGCUAGGGGCGCCACUAGUCCUUGGCCCAGUUUCUGUACAGAAGUAUGCACUAUGUUACGUAGUGGGCGUAGCUCCGUUUUGGCAUGCUCUAUACAGCUUAUAGACAUGUAGAUCGUAUUAUCUUUAAGAUAAUUUACUGAUAGAAAAAGGUGCUACAAUAGGUUUUGUAGUUUCAAGUAGAAUGAAGUAAUCUGAUAGUUAGAAAUUUGAUAGGUUUGAAUUAAAAGUCCAGCUUAUUAAUUUUAAAAUAAAAUAUACGGGGAAAAUUAACUUUAAUUGCUGGGAAUUAUUGGCAUAUUAUCAAUAAAGUUUUUUUAACCAUAAAUUUUUCCCACCCCAUUUUACAUUCAUGAGCAGAUGAAAAAAUGUGUACGCCACCAUUCGGUGGGAAAAAGGAGGGAAAAUUUAAAAAGAUUUAGCGCAACCCAUAUUUUUACAUUUUGCAGUAUUUCUAGUGCAUUUUUUACAAUUGGAGCUUUUCAAAGACCAAAUUCACAAAAUAUCUUGAAUUUUAGACGGUUUUGGGGUAGU